AAUCAUCAAUACUACGUUUCCAACCCUAGCUUCCCACAACAGUGACAGAAAUACCAUGUGAUCAUGCACUAAGGGUAGUAUUCUUAAUAAAAACAUUUUAAUAAUGUGAGACGAAAGUAGAGCUUCUUUUGGUAAAUAUAAUAACAUCAUUUCAUUUCGGGACUAGCGGCUAUCAAACUACGCCUUUCGACUUGGACGCCGCGUACAACGGUCAGUUAUGAUGUGAGAGGCUCUUGCCUUAGCAACAAACUGUGAGGUCCAAAAUAUAACGUUCAGAUUCCAUCAAGACUCUUAAGCCCAAAUCAUAUCCUCUCAUCAAGCGAUCACAAAUUUGCACCCAGAAGCCAUGUCCUCAAUUUUUAUCACACUUGCAAAAGGUCUCGAGGGAAAAGUCUUUGAGCCUGACAGUGAUGUUUAUGACGCUUCCUUGAAGUCUUAUUUUACUCUUCAGGAGGCACAGCUGAAACCAUCCUUCAUCAUCGCCCCUACAUCUGCUCAAGAUGUCGCCCAGGUUCUAAAAUCUUUGAGAGCCAUAAACUCCGAGACCGAAAUUGCUACCAAAGUGGCGGUUAGAGGAGGCGGCCACAGCCCAUUUGCAGGCAGCGCGAAUAUUGACAAUGGCAUCACAAUUGACCUGCGAAAUAUUGAUGCCGUUGAAGUGAACGAAAGUAAGGAUAUUGUCUCAGUUGGAGGGGGAGCUAUCUGGGGUCAAGUAUAUGAUAAACUCGAUGCAAUGGGGCUUUCUGUGGUUGGGGGCCAUGUUUAUGAUGUAGGAGUUGGAGGAUUCACUCUGGGAGGUAAGAAUUGUCGUGCCUUUUAUUCUACUGUACGAUGCUCGUGUACUGAUGCGAAUCACAGGAGGGUUCUCUUCUUCUUCGCCAAGGUAUGGCAUGUGCUGCGAUAUGGUUGAUAAUUUCGAGGUGGUUCUUGCAGAUGGUCAAAUCAUCAAUGCCAAUGCCAAUGCAAAUUCGGACCUCUGGACUGCACUGAAAGGAGGAAGCAACAACUUUGGAAUUGUGACCCGGUUUGAUAUGAGAACCUUUCUGCAAGGCAAACAAUGGGCUGGGCUCGUCGUAUAUCCAAUCUCCACCUUGGAUGAGAACUUCAAGGCACUCGAAAGUAUGCAAAAUGAUUGGGAUCCAUAUGCUUCGAUGAAGUUGAGUAUAACAUUUUCAUCUCAAACGAAGUUCACUAUUGCAUCAAACUUCGAAUACACCAAAGAAGACAGCGCACCCGCUGUAUUCAAACCUUUCAUGGAUAUCAAGCCUCAAUACAGAAACACCAUGAAGAUCUCGACCCUUGGCGAAACUGCCAGAGAUAUCCAGAAAAUGCAAGUCAAUGGGGUUCGACAGAUGUUUGCUACUACAUCCUUUCAAUUUUCUGUUACUCAUUUGCAGAACGUGUAUGCUAUCUUCAAAAGUGCAGCUAUGUCUGUGGAGGAUGUCAAAGGUAUGCGUUGGACCUUGACAUACUGGCGUCUCCAUAGCUCAAUUACCGACAAAUCAACAGCAUCUGGAGGCAAUUCAACAGGUCUUGAUACUUCGCAGGGUUCUCUUGUUCUAUGCAUAUUGACCUACUCGUGGGAAGAAAUAUCUGACGAUGCACGCAUGGAUGGAACGGCUAAAAGAUUUAUUGAGGAAGUUGACGAGUCCAGUAAGAGUGCGGGACUGUUCAAUCGCUAUAAGUAUCUUAAUUAUUCGGCGGGCUAUCAAGAUCCAAUCAGUGGAUAUAGCGAUGAGAUGAAGAGCAGCUUGCAAGCAGUAAGCAAGAAGUAUGAUCCCGAGGGGUUUUUCCAGACCGGUGUUCCAGGUGGCUUCAAGAUAUCACAUCAGUGAAGGUUGGUAGAAAUAGGACAGGCAGAUCCUAGCGGCGACUUAAGAAAAAAUAUUAUCUCGACUUUGACUAGCAUAAUGAAUUUUGUUCCGAAUUUCAAUCGGUGUACCGUA